AGGACAUUUACUAAUGGUGUAUUUUUACACUACUGUAUUGGUACGUUUACAUAAGUAGAAGAUCUGAAUAGUUCUUCCAGCACUGCCUGUGGCAGACAGUAAAGUUUGGGCUCAAACUUUUGUAGUAGUAUGAGUGAAUAUCCAGUGUUUUUGCAGCCUCUUUGUUCUCCUGCACACAGCAGGGAGACAGCUCUAUGUUCAGUGCAGCUGCAGCCACACAGGCCUCCUCCCCUUCUGUGUGUGCUCUAUCAGUCCGCGCAUGCGCAGUGGCUCCUCUGUGCGCUCUACUGUUUGCAUUGUGUCUCAACUGCCGGCGAGCUUUAAAAAUAUUAAACCCACCGCGGCAAUGUCGGGCAGGUCGGUCCGCGCUGAGACCCGGAGCAGGGCGAAAGAUGACAUCAAGAGGGUCAUGGCCGCUAUUGAGAAAGUACGAAAAUGGGAGAAGAAAUGGGUGACUGUUGGAGACACGUCCCUUCGUAUCUACAAGUGGGUGCCGGUGACGGAGCCCAAAUCAGAUGAUAAAAACAAGAACAAGAAGAAGGGCAAAGAUGAGAAAUACGGCUCAGAGUUGACGACUCCAGAAAACAGCUCCUCUCCAGGGAUGAUGGACAUGCAUGAUGACAACAGCAACCAGAGCUCCAUCGCUGACUCAUCUCCAGUGAAACAGGAAAACAGUUGUAGCACCAGCCCGGCCCCAGAGCCCACCGCCGCGUCUCACCGCGAGAACAGCGAGACCAAGACUGACCAGAGCCCGGACAGCAAGAGAGGUAAGACCAUCCCUUCAUCAGAGACCUCAGAGAGAGCACAAAGUGCCAAGAGAGACAGUCUGUCCUCAGGGGAGAAGGACUCUUCAGACAGCAAAGCCACUCAGGAUCUAGAGGAGGAGGCCCCGCCCAGCAAGAAAAGCAAACUGGAGUCCUCGUCUCAGGACUUUGAGGAGAGUUAAAUGUUUCGGGGCUGAGUGGUUUCUCUCUCUCCCUCUCUCUGCUCCUCCCUCCAUUAACUCUAGAUAAUUUAGGGCUAAUGGAUACACCGGCUCUCUCUCCCCCCCUCCUCCUCCUCCUCCUCCCCCACCUCCCACCUCCCCUCCUCUACCUACCAAAAGGGAGAAUGGACGUCUCUCUUCUCUCUCCUCCCUGACGGCUGUUUCCUCUCCUGUUUUGCCCUCUAACACUCCUCUGCCACAGAGGGAGAAUGGAUAUUACCUCUAUUCACUGGUCCCCUCCGUGCUUCCUUCCAGUUCUCCACACCUUUCACUAAUGCCAAGAGAAGCUCUGAAACCCGGGCUGCGAUCCUCCCCUCCGCCCCACCCCACCCCACCUUCGACCUGGGGGAGGGGGAGGAGGCGGCGCCGUCAGCCGAGCCAGGCCAGACCAGAAACACUGACCUGCAUCUGUGACUUAAAAAAAAAAAAAAAAAAAAAAAAAGAGUCCACACUGGGGAUCCAGAUUAGGACGAGGUUGAUCCCGGUCGCUGCUCUGAGACGGCUUUCAAACGUUUUACCGCUAACGGUUUAGCUCAGGAUACUCAAGAGGCUAACCUGGUCUCAGAUCAGCGGCUUUUGGGGGGGAACCUCCACCCUAAGACCACGUCACUUCAAUCCUCCCGAUUCGCCUCCUGUUAGACUAAUGUUCUAUAUUUGUUUAGGAAAUGUUUAGGGUUUUUUUCUCAGGAGGGUCAAUGCACUGUUAUGGUAUGUCACAAUCGAUCACAGAUAGAUUUGCUGCUGUAGUGGAAGUCUUUUUUCUCUAUCCAUGAAAAGUUCUCCAUUCA